AUGGCUCGGUUCGUGACGAGUCACGCCGGCAAGGCCAAGAGCGGUGACAUCGGCUCCGUCCCGCGCCUCAUCAACCCGGCCGAAGCCCCCGGCAUUCUCAGCGUCUUCACAGGCCAAGGCGCGCAGUGGGCCACCAUGGGUCGCGGGCUCAUGGCAGCAUCUCCGGGCCACGGGCACGCGCCGACUUGGUCUCUCAUUGAGGAGCUUUGCAAGGAUGCGGACAUAUCGCGCCUAGGCAAGGCUGAGCUGGCGCAACCGCUCUGUACAGCGUUGCAAAUCGCCCAGAUUGACAUCUUGACUGCGUCAGGAAUCUGUCUCGACGCCAUUGUAGGCCAUUCCUCAGGUGAGAUCGCAGCGACCUACGCCGCCGGUCUCAUCUCGCGCAAGGCCGCUAUGCAAAUCGCCUACUACCGCGGCUUCUACGCUCACCUAGCCCGCGCCGGCACAAAGGAUGGCGGCGGCAUGCUGGCGGUUGUUCUCUCGCUCGCAGCGGCCUCGGAGCUGUGCCGCCAACCGGCAUUCGCUGGCCGCCUGGUGGUAGCCGCCAGCAACGCACCGCAAAGCUGCACGCUCUCUGGAGACCGGGACGCCGUGGCCAGGACUAAGGAGUAG